AUGUCGGCAGUACAAGAGCAACCCGAGUACGACAUCAUUGUCGUUGGAAGUGGUUUCGGAGGCCUCUACCUACUGCACGAACUACGCAAACGGAACUUCAAGUGUCUUGUUAUUGACGAAGCUGCCGAUAUCGGCGGCGUCUGGCACUGGAGUCGCUAUCCCGGCGCUCGAGUUGACACCAAGGUACCGCUGUACGAGUACUCCAAUGAGAAUGUCUGGAAGGACUGGGUCUGGAGUCAGAAAUAUCCUGGGGUUGAAGAGCUCCGCCGGUACUUUGCCCAUGUCGAGUCGAAGUUGGAUCUGAAGAAGGAUAUCCAGUUUAAUGCCCGUGUUGCUGCAGCAAACUACGACAACAUCCACAAGGCGUGGACUGUCAGAGCGCAGGACGGAAGGGAAUGGACUGCGCGGUAUUUCAUCCUCGCCACCGGAUUUGCUGCGAGGCCGUUCACACCGAAUUUCAAAAACCUCUCGGCCUUUGCAGGACCUUGUUUCCAUACAUCGAGAUGGCCGCAGGACCUCGAGACCAAUCAUUGCCGGGGUCUCCGGGUAGGGGUUGUCGGAAAUGGAUCCAGUGGGUUGCAGGUUAUCCAAGAAAUUGCCCCCCUGGUAAAAGAGAUGGUCGUCUUCCAGCGCAGCCCGACGUAUGCGCUACCCAUGCGACAACGGCCAUUGACUGAUUCAGAGCAAGACAAGAGCCGCUAUCCAUCGCUGUACGAGCUGCGAAAGCAUACCUUUGCCGGUCUCGAUACCGAAUUCAAUAUGGAGGCAGCUUCCAAGCUGACACCCCAGGAGCGACGGACAUUUUUCGAAAAGGUCUGGGCGGAUGGCGGGCUGUCAUUCUGGCUCGGAACCUACCGCGAUGUCAUCAUGGAUAAGGAGAUCAACCGCGAGGCAUAUGACUUCUGGCGCAGUAAGGUCUUGCCGCGUGUCAAAGAUCCCAAGAAGGCAGAACUGCUGGCCCCCGCGACACCACCCUACUAUUUCGGUACCAAGCGAGCAACUCUAGAGCAGCGGUACUACGAAGUCUACAACCAGGACAACGUAACGCUGAUCGACGCUAGAAACAACCCUAUAGCUGAGGUCAAACCGAAUGGAGUACUUACCGAAGACGGCCGGUUCCACGAGCUUGACAUGCUUGUUCUCGCUACUGGGUUCGACUCUGUGACAGGUGGCAUCUUGAGCAUCGAUAUCCGUGGUCGUGACGGUGCGUCUUUGCAGGACAAAUGGAGCAAUGGCUCCCGAACAUAUCAAGGGCUGAUGACGUCUGGAUUCCCCAACAUGUUCUUCCUCUACGGGCCACAGGGCCCGACCUCUUUCUGCAACGGGCCAACCUGUGCAGAAGUCCAGGGCAACUGGAUUGUGCAGACGCUGACAUAUUUGCGGGCAAACGACCGUGAGGAGAUAGAGCCCAAGGUAGAGGCAGAAGCUUUCUGGACAGCGCUGGUCAACCAGAUCGGAGACGCCACUUUACUUCCAGAAACGCAGUCUGAGUAUAUGGGUACCAACAUCCCUGGCAAACCCAAGGAGAUGCUUAAUUAUCUGGGAGGCCUGACAGACUAUAUCAAGCGGAUUACUAGCGCUGUAACUCUUGGGUACCCUGACCACUAUGUUAGUUAG